GAAAAAGCAAUUUUUAAAGUUUACUAUAAAUAAAUAUCCACAAAUGCAGAAUGCGAGUAUUUGAUAUCAGUGCAACAAGAUGAUGUGGAAAACUCUCAUUUGUGUGACACUCUGUUUUAUUAUACACAAUUAUUUUAUUAGGGCAGAGGAUCUAAUAGUAAACACUUUAAAUGGACCAGUACGUGGACGAAUGGAAUAUUCCAUGAGAAAAACUGGAGUUCCAUUUUACGCAUUUCAGCAAAUACCGUAUGGAAAAGCUCCGGUUGGCGAUUUAAGAUUCAAGGAACCACAACCUGCUGACUCGUGGACUGAUGUGUUAGAUGCAACAAAGAACACUAAGCUUUGCUAUCAGGUAUCGAAUGGCUUCAGCAUUCCGAAUGUGGAGUCUCUUGAAACGGAAGAUUGUUUGUUCCUUAAUAUCUAUACACCUCAAAAACCAGUUCAUGAAAAGAAUCUCGCUGUAAUAGUAUGGAUAUACGGAGGAGGAUUCAUUUGUGGAACUUCAAACUUUGAACAAGCAGGACCUCACUAUUUUAUGGAAAAUGGUGUUAUGUUUAUAACUGUCAGUUAUCGUGUUGGUCCCUUUGGCUUCUUGGCUACAGAUGACUUAUCAAGUCCAGGAAACUAUGGUCUAAAAGAUCAAAACCUUGCGCUACAGUGGAUUCGAAAGAACAUUGAAUAUUUUGGUGGUGAUCCCAACAGGGUAACGAUUAUGGGAACUAGUGCUGGAGCAGCUUCAGUUACCUACCAGUUCAUGAGUCCAAAAUCGAAGGGUCUCUUUUGGGCAGGUAUAGCUGGAAGUGGAUCGUUGUUAGUACCAUGGGCAUAUCAAAAAGACGCCAAGGACAUUGCAUAUAAAUUAGCAAAAACUAUAAAUCCAUCAUUCGAUACAUCUUCGUCAACUGCUGAACUGAUCGCUUACUUAAGAUCGGUCCCAGCUGAUGUUUUGAACAACGCAUCUUCAAAGGCUGUUUGGGAUACCAUUGGCAAUGAAGAAAUCAUCCAAGGAUUUUUCUAUGCUCCUGUGAUUGAACCAGAACACGAUAAUGCUUUCAUUACAGAACGGAUGUAUAAAGCUGUUGAAAAAGGAAAAAUGGCUCAAGUUCCACUGAUGAUUGGUAUUGAAAGUGAAGAAGCACUAGCCAGAACUACGGAUAACAACUGGUCUGCCUCUCUUCCUGGCUACGACAGUGACGUUAAACUUCUUGUCAACCAUAAUAUGCGGAUAAAUGAUAGCAAGACUCUGGAAGAAGUUGGUCAGAAAAUUAGAAAAAUUUUUACGGACGGAUUAUUGCAAAACAAUCUCGCAGCAGCAAUUAGGUGUUUCAGUGACAUGUCAUUUAACAGACCCAUCAUUCGUCAUGGUGAACUGCAAUCAAAGUUCAGCGAUGUUUAUUUCUUCCAAUUUUCUUACGACGGUAAAUUAGGCGGGAAGAAGAAAUACAUCGAAGGCGCAGAAAAAGUACAACAUUCUGAAGAUAACAACUACUUUUGGACGUAUGGAAAUUGGUCCGGUUUGGACACUUACCCUCCUGAAGACGUUUUAACUAGUGGAAGAUGGAGACUACUACUUACCAAUUUUGCUAAAUACAGCUUCGUCCAGGAGCUUAAUGAUUGCUUGCGCUGGUGUUUUUUCAUAGAUUUUGCUAUAAAAUCUUAUAGUUUCAGCCAGUUUCUUUACGCCUUUCUGAAGAGUGCGAAUAAAAUGAAUAUUGAAAGUGUGUUCCACUUCGCUAAAGUAUUUGUGAUCAUCGUGGAAAAUUGGUAUAUUAAUUAUCAUGCAAACGAGUUAAUAGUUACGAGCAAAAAGUUGUCCUCAAAUAUUUUUUCUAAUGGAUGGUAUGAUUUGGACGAAUCUACUAAAAAAAGUCUUAUGUUGAUGAUGAUAAGAUCCCAAAGACCUUUAAAAAUUGAUAUUGGUACUGUAUACUAUUUGGGAACUGAACUGUUUGUUAAGAUUCUAAAAGGAGGAUAUAGUUUCAUUGUAUUCUACUACAUUUAAACCAAAUGAAAAAAUAAGGCAAAAAGUUCAUUUGCACUUGAGACUUUGCACUUGACAUUAGUAGCUAACGUUAUAGAUGCACCAUCACAAUAUUGUUACUCUAAGAGUAAUAGUUAAAAGAAAAAUCACACAGUAAUAAUAAUUAAUUUUAUUGAACACGUUGUUAAAUAGUUUUAAGUUUUAAGUAAUAUAAUAGAGUUAGAUGCAA